AUGUACCAGCAGGUUUACGUGGCUAAGCAGGACAUCGAUUAUCAGCGCAUAGUGUGGCGAGAGAACUCUCCACAGCCAAUGCGUGACUAUCGUCUGCUAAGAGUCACUCAUGGACUUGCCUCCGCUUCGCACCUGGCAGUGAAGUCACUUCAACAAGCCGCGCUCGACGCGACCAACACAAGUAAAAGAGUUGUCGAGGUUGUAAAGUCAGACAUUUACAUGGACGACUUAUUAACCGGUGCAGAUACGCAUCGCGAACUUAUACUAGGUUCACAUAUAAUUUCAGAUUCCGAAUUCCACCUUUUCACCGAUGCUUCGGAAGUCGCCUAUGCAGCCGCUUUAUACUGUCGCACUCAAAUCCCAGAUGGUAAGGUUAAAUUCGUACUAGUUGUAGCAAAAACAAAGGUAACGCCUCUAAAAACAACAUCGCUGCCGCGUUUGGAGCUUUGUGCAGCACAUCUAGGGGCGCAGCUGGUGCGGCAAGUCAAGUCAAGUUUGAACCUCUCAAUCGGCGAGUUGUACGCAUGGACGGACUCCAUGGUUGCGUUGGCGUGGCUACAAAGCAAUCCAAGUCGCUGGGCUGUGUUUGUUGCCAAUCGCGUCGCCGAUGUACAGGAAGUUUUACCGGCAUCACAUUGGAGGCACGUCGCCUCAGAGCACAAUCCCGCUGAUUGCGCAUCGAGGGGUAUUACACCAUCGCAGCUUCUUUUGCAUCCCUUGUGGUGGAAUGGGCCACCUUGGCUACGGGAGGGCAACAGUCGUUGGCUGAUAUCCGCACAAAAACACACCACGGAGCUCGAGUUAAAAUCAAAGAAUACCGUUGCGUAUCUAACACAAACCGCUGAUGAAUGGGAUCUGUUUACCAAAUAUCAUUCAUUUAACAAACUUAAACGUAUAACCGCAUAUCUAUUGCGCUUCGCCAACAACUCACGCAGCACCGCUUCACAGUCUGGUGCAGGUGCACUAAUCACGGGCUGUUUAACUUGCGCCGAAAUACGAAGUGCCGAAGUAGCAUUGGUAAAGUUAAACAAACCUGUACCGAUGCGAGGCAGCCUAGCACGAUUGCAACCGUUUCUAGACUCAAAGGGUAUUCUACGUGUAGGGGGCCGCAUCAAAAACGCCGUGCUUUCAGACGAAGUCAAGCAUCCUAUAAUAUUGCCGAAGAAUUCGCCGUUCGCUAAGGUAAUUGCUGCUGAGAUACACAUCACAACAUUGCACGCUGGACCGAAAUUAAUGCAGGCCGUACUUCAACGACGAUUUUGGGUAGCCGGUAUUUGA